AUGUCAUUGUGGGUGGAUAAAUACAGACCUCAUACCUUAGAUACCAUUGAUUAUCAUUUUGAUGUUUCCAAAAGACUCAAGGCUUUAGUGGUAUAUGGACCUUCAGGUGCUGGUAAAAAGACAAGAGUCAUUGCCGUCUUACAUGAAUUAUUUGGUGCUGGUGUUGAGAAAAUGAAGAUUGAUGUUCGUACUUUUACAACUUCAACAAAUCGUAAAUUAGAAUUUAAUGUUGUUUCAAGUCCAUAUCAUAUGGAAAUUACACCAAGUGAUUUGGGGAAUAAUGAUAGAGUUGUUAUCCAAGAUCUUUUGAAAGAAAUUGCACAAACUGAACAAGUUGAUUUUAGUGGGAAACAUAGAUUUAAAGUUGUUAUUAUAAAUGAAGCUGAUUCUUUAUCAAGAGAUGCACAAGCUGCCUUAAGAAGAACUAUGGAAAAAUAUUCCAAAAAUAUUAGAUUAGUAUUAAUUUCAAAUACCACUUCAAAUAUUAUUGCACCAAUUAAAUCAAGAACUUUAUUAAUUAGAAUUUCUGCACCAAAUUUACAAGAUAUUACUAAAAUUUUAGACAAAUUAAGUGAAAAACAAGAAGUUUCAUUACCAUCAUCACAAGAAGAACGUGAAUUAAUUUUGAAUAGAGUGGCAAUUGCAAGUAAAAGAAAUUUACGUAGAGCUUUAUUAAAUUUUGAAGCUUUAGUUAUGCAAAAUCAAGAAUUAAAAACAACAACACCAAUGAUUACAUUAGAUUGGGAAGGAGUUAUCCUAAAAUUAGCAUCAAACAUUUCAAGAGAUCGUAAUGUUGCAAGAAUAUCAUCAUCAAGAACUGUUUUUUAUGAAUUAAUUUCUCAUUGUAUACCACCAAAAUUAAUUUUAAAAAAUUUAACAUUUGAUUUAUUAAAAUUAGUUAAUGAUAAUAUAAAACCUAGUAUUGUGGAAUUAGCUUCAAUAUUUGAUGAAAGAUUAAGUUUAGGUACAAAAUCAAUUUUCCAUUUAGAAGGGUUUGUUGCUAAAACUAUGGUUGCAAUUGAAAAAGGGGUAUAA